AUGGCCGGCCCGAAGCUUGAGAUCUACCGCAUGGCGGUGUACCUGAUGUUCCCGGUUGUGGCCUUCUAUUACUUCAACCUGCCGGAGUACCGGGCCAAGCAUGUUGAGCCGCACGGGCUCUACCCGCCGAAGGAGCUGGUCUACCAGUCUGGCGGGCCAAAUGGCAUCCCCCAGACCGAGGUGGAGCUACGCGCGCGGCUGGAGCAGAUUCGCGAGGAGCGCCGGGCCAUGCGCCUGGCCCGCGAGGCUGCCGCCGCCGCCGCCGCGCCCGCCGAGGGCGAGGGCUCCACGGAAGAGGCCGAGGAGGUUGACUCGGCAUCCGCCACCCCGGUCACUGACCACCUCCUGGCCAAGGGUGCCCUGUCUGGCUGA